AUGGCAAGUACAACAACAAACCAAACCGCUUUGUGUUUGAUCCCUCCGGAAGAUGUUUGGAAACAGAUUCAAGCGAUUCGUUCAGCAAGUGAUAGAGCUUAUCCACGUUGGAUGCCACAUAUCAAUUUUAUCUAUCCUUUCGUAUCCGAGAGUAGCUUUGAUACGAUCAAAGCUCAGUUAGAAACUGUCGUUCAUCAACAAAAGCCAUUUACAGUUCGAUUUGAUCAGAAUUCAUUUCAUUAUUUUCCACAGCAAGAUCAAAAAUGCACGUAUCACCUCCGACCAACGCAUAGCACCAAUGUGAUCGAAUUACAACAAGUGAUUCAAAACCAAUUGUCAAAAAUAUGCAAGAAAAAACAUCCUUUCGAAGCUCAUCUUACACUAGGCCAGUGUAAAAUCAAGGAUGUUGAUAAUAUCUUGACGAAUUUGAGAAGCAAUUGGUUACCCAUCGAAUUUCUUGUCGAUCGAGUCUAUAUGAUAAGUCGCGAAAAUCAUCCCGAGAAUUUAUUUACAAUCAAAAACGAAAUUCUUCUCUUGGAUCGAAAAGAUGACUCCACGGUUUCGAGUAAACCAAUGAAUAAACUCUGUAUUCUGCCACCAAAUGAAUUUUCUUCACGUUUGCUUCAUCUAUUUCAACGUACAUCAUUGCAACCAUUACAACCAUUGCGAAUUAUUCUCGGUGAAUAUGAAGCUGAUUCAGUCAACAAUGAUUUACGUUCGAAGUUAGAAUCAACGUCGAAAUUCUCAUUAGAAUUCGGACAAGAUUCACUUGGAUAUGAUGAAGUUAAUUCACGAUUGUUCCUCAUGCCAACAAAUAUCGAACAGAUCAAGCAAUUGCAGGUACUUGAUCAAACGAAAUAUGAUGGUUCGUUAACUUUAGGACAUUUGAAUCGAAAUGAUCUUAGUGAAGUGAAAGAACGUUACGCGAAGAAUUGGCCAAAUGAAAUGAAUAGAUUUGAAAUCGAACGAAUUCAUUUAGUGGAUCCCGCUGACAAAUUCAAGUUUAUUUUUCGUUUGAAAAGUUGA